AUGUCAGAAAUAAAACCUUUACAAGUAAAAUAUGGUAAAGAUGUUGGAAUUUUAAGUUUUACUGAUAACACACUCAUUCUAGAACGACAAGCCAAAGCUGCAAUAAAAAUUCCUGCAAAAAACAUUCUCGACUUAUCUUUGGAUGAAAAGUCUCUCAUUACCAUCAAAGCUGUUACAAAAGAAGGAAAACAAAAACAUCAAUUGAUGUCUUUUAUUUUUGAACCAGAAGAUUCUACAACUGUAAAAUCAUGGUCUGAUUCAAUUAAUGAUGCUAUCAAUUUAGUAAUUGUGAACCCCAACAGUGGUACAAAAAAGGGCCAUGCUGUUUUUGUAAAAGAAGUUAAGCCUGUCUUUGAUGCUGCUAAAUGUACUUAUGAUGUAACCUAUACUCAGCAUAAAAAUCAUGGCAAUGAAAUUGUUCAGGAACUUGAAUUAAAGUCAUAUGAUGCAAUAAUUACUGUAGGUGGUGAUGGAAUUAUACAUGAAGUUGUUAAUGGACUUUUAACACAUAAAGAUUAUAGAAAUAUCCCUAUUGGUGUAAUUCCUUCAGGUAGUGGUAAUGCUUUAAGUAUUAGUUUACAUGGUGAAGUAUUAGGUUUAAAUCCUACAUAUUCUGCUCUUGCUAUUAUUAAAGGCAUAAAAUUAGACAUCGAUAUCUGUUCUAUUACUCAGGGCAAAGAAAGAUGUUUUUCAUUUUUAACACAAAGUUAUGGAAUAAGUGCAGAUUGUGAUUUAGGAACUGAAAAUAUGAGAUGGUUGGGUGAUCUUCGUUUUCUAAUUGGUGUAAUAAAAGCAAUUCUAGAAGGUCGUAGAUAUAAAUGUGAUUUGGCUAUUAAAAUUUCAGAGGAGAAUAAAGAAACAAUAAAAAGAAAUUAUCAAAACUCUUAUAAAUCAUCAUUGCCUAUAUCAACACCAACUAAUCACAAAAUAGUUGACAAAUAUGGAAGUGUAAAUGAUGACAUACCUGAAGAUUGGAAAAUUAUCAAUGAUGAUUUGUUUAUGUUUUAUACUGGUAAAGUUCCGUGGGUAGGCAAGGGAUUUUUAUGUUUUCCUGCAGCUUUACCUAGUGAUGGUUUAUUGGAUUUAACCCUUGUCAAACGAGAUGCUGUUAAUAAGAAAAGGGCACUUGAUAUUCUUUCUAAUGCUCAAACUGGUAGUCAUUUUGAUCAAAAUGAGGUUGAAUAUUAUAAAAUUGAGGCUUUUAGAUUAACACCAAAAAAUAAGAGUGGUUAUAUUAGUAUUGACGGUGAAUCAUUUAAAUUUGAACCAUUUCAAGUAGAAGUUCAUCCUCAAUUGAUCAGUGUAAUCGGAAUGGAAGGAAAAUACUUUCCAAAUGGGUGA